AUGGCGGCCGCCUCUGAGAGCGGCCGAGAGAAAGAAGCACCACCCGCCGGCUCGACCAAACCCGACGCGGGAGGAGAAGCAGACUCCCCAGCUGGGACAGAAGCGCUCCGCUCUGCGUCUCUCGCUUGCCCCGCGCGCCGGGUGGAGUGCGCCCGGGAGGCAUCGGGAGCACACCAAGCCGGGCCCGAGGUCCCAAUGGAGCCCUUGGACGGCCGGGUCCCGGGGCUGGAGCAGCCGCAGGUCCCCGCGGAGGAGCGAGGGCCUGAGAGUCCCGCGAGCAGCCCGAGUCCGGCCCGGGCCGUGAAGGAGGCGGCGGGCGCGGACCAGGACGUCUCGGGCGGGACGAAGCUGCCGCCGCCUCGCCCCGCGCUGCUGCGGGUGCCGCCGACGCCCGGCACCUGGGCUCCCAUGGAACUGCAGGUGGACGUGCGCGUGAAGCCCGUGGGCGCGGCCGGCGGCAGCCGCGAGCCCUCGCCCGCGCCCCCCACGCGCUUCCUCACCGUGCCGGUGCCCGAGUCCCCAGGCUUCUCCCGCCACGCCUCCCCCGCCUACCCGCUCCUGCCGCGGGCCCCGUCGCCGGGCGGCACCUGGGGCCGGGCCAGCCCCGCCGAGGGGCGCGCGGAGUCCCCGGGCUCCCCCACGUGCCGCUGCCGGGAGCUGGGGCUGGAGAAGAGGGAGGACGCGGUGCUGCUGCCGCGCGCCGAGGUGGACGGCGACAAGAAGCUGCCCCGGGCGCUAACACUCAUCGGGCUGCCCAUGUACAUGAAGUCCCUGCGCUGGGCGCUGGCAGUCAUGGCUGUGCUCCUGGCGGUGUCCGCGGUCGCCAUUGUGGCCCUGGCUUCUAGAGCAGGGGCCAGGUGCCGGCCCUGCCCCCAGGGCUGGAUGUGGUCCGAGGAGCACUGCUACUACCUCUCUGCCGAAGCUCAGGCCUGGGAGGCCAGCCAGGCUUUCUGCUCAGCUCACCAUGCUACACUGCCCCUGCUGAGCCACACCCAGGACUUCCUGGGCAGAUACGCAAUCACCACGUACUCCUGGGUGGGGGCCCGGCGAGGCCCCCAGGGCUGGCACUGGAUCGAUGGGGCUCCCCUGCCGCCCCAGCUACUCCCGGAGGAGGACGAGGACAAGCCGGAUCUCCAGUGUGGGGGCCUGGAGGGAGGCAAGCUCGUGGCUUUGGACUGCGCCUCUCCAAGACCCUGGGUCUGCGCCAAGGGGACCAAGUGAUUCGGGUUCUGCCUGUCCUGAGCCUGUUGGGGGCAUGCAGCCCCCCCAGGGGAGGCCAAGUUGAGAGCUGAGGCAGCUGUUCCCUGGACCCCGGCUUCCAGGCCUCCCUGCUCCGUGCUCAAGGAGCCCUUCCUGGGCGAACCGGUGCAGGAAGAUCACAUCCGAGGGAAAGGAGACCUUCUGUGGCCAUGUGUCUCGGUGCCCAUUUAGUCUCCAGCUUCCGAAGCAGAUUUGUUCAGUGACCUUCAGAAGGUUUUUUUAGCAUUUCUGAGCCUCCAUUUCUCCCUCAUUAAAAUGGCCAUUUCCCAUCUCUCCCCUACCUGCUUAAUCAUAGGCACACACCUUCAGUCACAAAGGAACAGAAAGGACUAACGAUCACAGGUGACCCCAAUCUGGGGUCUCAUCUGAGCCCAUGAAAUGAGUCUUCCGUUACUUUAUGGCAAUGGGAUUUGGCAGCCAUAACAUCAUUGCUAUAAAUGCCAUUUCCAGGCAGCUGGGCGCACGGCUGACACAGCUGACCAGCACUGUCUGUGGAGGACAGCAAAUGAGAGGUGGCUGGCCCCCAGAGGAGAAAGGGAGGUUCCUUCCCUGUCCCGAGAGUUGGCAAAGGACUGGCAGAGAGGUUCUGCAUGGAGACCAUCGUGUGGGGAGGGCGGGGCCUCUGCAGCUGAUGCCCAUGGCUGGGAAGAUGCAGAGGACUGGGCCAUCUGGGCAGGAGAAGCCAAGGGAGCACCCCCCACCUGGUAAACGGGAGAGGAUGGGUCUGAGUGAGAAAGGCAAGUGGAGAAAUGUGGAGAUACUAGCCUGAAGAUGUCUCUGUGUCGGUGUUCAGUGAAGGGCCUUCGGGCUAGAGGGAGUGGCAGUGGGGUGGGACGAAGAACUUGUUUAGUCACUUUAGCCUGUAUCUGUGUCUUAUCUUGGUGCCGAACAUUCAACACAGCUGUCAUGUGCAAACCAACCUUCCUUUUAAAGUCAAACCAUGCAUCCAAAUUCCUUUCAAACAGAGAAAUCUUAAAGGGUCCAUUUAAACCAACAGCUUGUACAGAAUGUCUGGGCCGCCUGGGAGAA